GAUCGAGGGAUGCACUGGCCAGGCUGAAAAGCUCUCGAAAAGCUUGCUUGUGAAGUUCCUCAGAGGUGGUCGCAAGGGCGUCAGGGUCUGCGCCUGCUGUGAUAGAUCUAUUUUGAUAGCCUCUUGGCACCUUUGCAGCGCGAUGGACGGCAACAAGGAUGACGCGGAACGCUGUGCUGACAUUGGGGAAGCUGCAUUUAGAAAAGGGGAUUUUAAUAAGGCGCUAAAGUUUCUGGGGAAGGCGCAGAAGCUUUAUCCGUCGAAGAGAGUUGCUGACCUCCUCCUUAAGGUCGCGGCUGCAUCGCAAGCAGCGGAGAAUGGAGCGAGCGCAGGGCCGUCCAGUAGCACUGGGCCUCAAACCCGAUCAGCAUCACGGCCGCAGGCGAACGGGCAUGCAGCGGGCCCCUCGACGCGACAAAGGACCGCAGCUAGCGGGGACAGGACAGCGCAGGAGGAAAGAGAGGCACAAGCCACGCCGGAGAUGAUAUCAUUGGUUGCACGAAUCAAGCGCACAACAAACUAUUACGAGAUUCUGGAAGUAUCGAAGGAGUGCACAGAAGAUGACGUCAAGAAAGCUUACAGAAAGCUAGCCUUGAAACUCCAUCCGGACAAGAAUAAAGCCCGUGGUGCUGACGAAGCUUUCAAGGCCGUGUCGAAAGCGUUCCAGUGCCUAAGUGAUGCGGACUUGCGCGCAAACUACGACCGCUACGGCCACGAAGACCCGAACCAGCUACGUCAGCAGCAGUUCCAGCGGCGGCGGGCGCACGGACCCAGCUACGACGACUUCGACCCGAACGAUAUCUUCAACGCAUUCUUUUUUGGUGGCGGCAUGGCUCCGAAUGCUCGGGUGUACCGCUACAACUUCGGCGGGCAGCAGUACCGGCACCGCGCGGCGCCGCCGCCCCAACAGGGCACGCAGAACAACAACCAGCUGUUGGCGCUCCUGCAACUUCUUCCGGUCAUCGCCUUCCUCCUCUAUGCGCUCAUGCCCACCAGCGAGCCCGUCUACAGCAUGGCGCGCUACGGGAAGUACGUCAAGGAGAUGCGGACGAGCGAUCUGGACAUUCCUUUCUGGGUCAAGGGAGCCGACUUCGAGCGGGAGUAUCCGGCGGGCAGCCAAGCACGGGCGAAGAUCGAGCGACAAGUAACGAACGAUUACAGGGACCAUCUGGAGACGCGUUGCUACCACGAGCGCGUCGCGCAGCAACAGCAGUUCCGGUGGGGGCAGACGAAAGCAGCUCGGGAGAUGAAGAUGCCCUACUGCGACGAACUUCGACGAGUGCAAGCAGCGUACUAGCCCCCAAGCGCACAUAAAGUAGUUAAGAAGAUAUGAUCCGACGCAUGCCCUUGCCAAUUUAUGAUGUGUCCAACUCAUGUACAAGAUAUUUGGCUAGCGCCUACUUAAGGUCUUCAACACAGCGUCCUUGCAAUUGGACUCGAGCACUUGUCAUCAAACUCCACAUCAGAAGGCCCCA